CUGAGUGACAAAUUGAAGUAGUUAAUAUACAAUGUCAAAACAAGCCAGGGUUUCAGUUGCUUAUUGAUCUACCCAACUGUUUGCCAGCCUCAUAAUACUCGAAUUCUUGACAGAUUUCUACAAGAGGCUUUUUUUUUUAUUUUUUACUUCGUUUUAAACCAGACAAACCUUCACCUGACUGCAACCUUUGCUCAAAGCCUUAAUCACUCUGGAAAUAAUCUAUAUCUGACUUCAGGAUUGCGUGUUGCAGAAUAAAUGUCACCCCCACACUGAUGUUUUGGGAGCACAUUUGUUUCCCUUUAGGCUACUUUGGGUAAAUGAAGUGUAACCUGUUUGCACGUUAGCCAACAGAUGCUUUCAGGAUCUGUUGUCUGAUUAAUAGGAAAAUUGUCCUUAGACUGAUUAAUGAGCUACUGAGAUAAGAAGGACUGAACCAGUUUGCAGAUUAAUAACAUGGUGACCUGACUUGCUCUGUAUGGAUGUCCAGAGGCGUUCCCAGUUUGAACUGGUGUGAUGAGAGGUCACAGGGGAUAGCCUAUCUGUAACCCAUGUCUGUUUUAAUUACAUGGGUAUUAGCUGGCCAGAGGGGCUUUAUAUCCCAACAUAUACCCUUGGGCAAAUGUCAAGACAACAUACUUAGUCAAUUGUGCAAAAUAUUAUUUAACAAGAUUCUUUUAAGAUCUCAACUUUCUAAGAAAUUAGCUGCCUCUAAACUUUCUGCCUCUUGUUCUUUUUAGUGUUUUUCCCUCUUUCUUUACACAUUUUCAUCUAUUCCUGAGAUGGACAUCUAUCUCCUAAAGAUCAGACCUUUUAAAUAAUCUUUCCUCACUUGUUUGCUCACUGCAGUCAUCCUGGCAGUCAGUGUAUCCUCAGGCUAAGCCAAACAAGCUGAUCAGCCAGGCACCUCUGUACACACUACCCCCCACUAAGAGGCUAAUGGCCAGGACAUAUAAUCCUUCUCAAAACAACCACAGAGAUGCUAAUUGUAUCUGGCUAUAAAUACUAGCAACUGCUUGUCCUCUUUCUUCAUUUGUCUCUGCUCUUGCCUGUAAUGGUGGAGCCAACAGUGUCUUCCCAGAAGUACUCGCACCUAAAUACCAGGAGAGGCUGUUGAAGUUGUGGCGAAACCUUUCCAGCAGGUCUGAGGAGCUUCAUACACAGAUAUAUCAUCCCAUGUGGGUUGUGAACACAUCUCAGCUGAGCUACCGUGAAGAGACCAGGUGAGAUGUUCCCACUGCCGAUGUUCACGCCCGACCAGGUCGCUCGGGUGUGCGAGAACCUGGAGGAGACCGGGGACAUCGAGCGCCUGGGUCGGUUCCUCUGGUCGCUGCCUGCCGCCGUGCCCGGCUCGGCGGGGGAGGCGCUCAACCGGCACGAGUCUGUGAUGCGAGCGAGAGCGCUGGUCGCCUUCCACACCGGGAACUUCGAGGCGCUUUACCAGAUCCUUCAGAGUCACAGGUUUACCCGCGAGUCGCAUGCCAAGCUGCAAGACCUCUGGCUGGAUGCGCACUACAGAGAGGCGGAAAGGCUGAGAGGGCGGCCGCUGGGCCCAGUGGAGAAGUAUCGGAUCAGGAAGAAGUUUCCGUUGCCCCGCACCAUUUGGGAUGGCGAGCAAAAGACGCACUGCUUUAAGGAACGGACUCGGAGCUUGUUGAGAGAGUGGUAUCUCCAAGAUCCCUACCCCAACCCGUCCAGGAAACGACACUUGGCCCAGGCCACGGGUCUCACGCCAACACAAGUCGGUAACUGGUUCAAGAACCGCCGCCAAAGAGACCGCGCCGCAUCGGCAAAAAACAGGCUUCAACAGGAUCCGUCCGUCAUGUCGUCGGAAGGCUCCCCUGACGGCGCCCUGCAAGAGCGGCACCCCCACCCCCACCUGCUGCCUACUUCCCCUCGCCACCUCGGCAGCCCAGAGGCAAGCGACUGCAGCACAGAAACUGAGCGCAGAGGGACGAGAGCGUCUACACCAGAGAUCUCUGUCAGCAGCGAUGGCGAGUUUGAGUCUUGAGAUGAUUCAAUUUUUUUUUCAUACAGGUACAAAAGCAUAACAUUAUAGACUGUGAGACGAUGGACAUGCUACAGCUGCUGAAACAGAAAAGAAAAGUGGCAGGGAAACUUCUGCCUCUGAACAGAAGACUUUUUACAAGGAAUUAUGCACUUAAAAAAGCACUGAGAAGGGUGCUGGUCAUUUCACCCCUUUGCUAUGUUGUACUUUUUCAGUUUUGGUCUUUUUCUGGCAGGAAAACAAGGCGUCUGCCAUGGGAUGCUUUGUGCCGAUGGAAUUCAUUUAUACCAGGGACAUCUCAAACACACUUUCACAACUAAAUGAGUAAAAGAAAUGUACUACAAUUCACUUAGAGGCAAAUAUAUGGAAAUGUGCUUAUGUGACUCUGUCAAUAUUAUUUACCCGCAGAAGUUUGUUAACGUUUAUUAUGGUUUCAAGCGAGGUGAUAAUUCAGCUGCUUUUGUAAGAGUUAAAAAUUGACCAAAUGGCAUUCAGAACAAAGCGCAAAUUUUACAUUUUUAAAACGAACGCCCAUUUAGAUGACAAAUUAUUACCAAGUGGAAUAAACAGAAAAGCAACGGCUGAAUAAACAGAAAAACAACGGUGAAAUUGUUUACAGAUUGUUUACAGCUUGCAUGUAAACAAUCUCUUUUCUAAAAUAGAUUGUUUACAUGCAAGCUGGCAAAGGGGCAAACUGAACCUGGAGCCCAACGAAACCCAUAGGCUUGGUUGUUGUUGUUGUUGUGUAGAAUGAUAAACAACUACUGGCUAACAGUGUGUUGAAGUCUCGGGUACAGAUUUUAGAGCUAAUCCUAAUGUUCGUUAGGUCAUGAAAAUAUUAGUACAGUUGUGUUUUUUUUUUUUUUUUUUUUUUUUUACUGUUUCAAAUAAAUCUGUAAAUAUAAAUGAUCUCGUAAUAGUUUAAAGGGAAGCUGCAUGCAUUUGUGUGGAUUUUGUGAAAAAAUCUAUAAGAACAAUGCCUUGUUGUAUUUAUAUAGCUGUAUGUGAAUAUGUCACCAUGGACAAGAAUGAAUUAAUAUUGACGUGCCCUUACAGAUUUAAAGUAGUGUAAAACCAUACAUUGUCAGUGGUGCACUCAUGUUUAUGUGUGUCUCACUGUCGUCUUCUACUGCAGUGGUUAAAAUGUGAGGGCAAACGUUGUCAUUACAAACUACUUCGACUCUUUUCCCUGCCUUAAAUGGAGCUAAGGGCAUUCUGAUAACGCAGGUUGUGAGUCUAUACAAACUGUCUGUGACUACAACAUGCCUGUGAGAGCACAAACUAUUUCAACUACAGCCAUUUUACCUGUUCCCCUUUCCCUGCUAUCCCUCAAUGGAAGAUGCUGUCAGAGGUUUCCAAGCUGCUUCGAGUUCAAAGUUCACUGGUUCUUUUCUCCAUGUGCCUAUUGCAUUUCAGAAAAAUCAAAGCUAAUCAAAUGUGUCUUCAUUAACACUCUCACAGGCCUGCUGUCUGACAUAACUUUCUUACAACUGUCAUUUCUCACAACGUUUCUGUAAUUCAGUGAAAAUGUGUAUUUUGUAAAUUUUUUUGUGCGAAUAAGUAAAACUGUUUUUAUCCAA